AUGGAUUCUGCUUCCGAAAAUGACUCUGAUUUUGAGUUUGAGUCCGAAUCUGACAGUGAAGAUGAUGUUCCUCAGCCUUCGAACAGAAUAUGGACAAAUGUAGGGUAUGUGAAUGAUUUUGAAUAUCCUCAUGCUAUCAGGCCUUUUACAAGACAUAUGGGCCCUGUUAAUCCACCUGACGUUGAAGCUCCACCUGUUGAAUAUUUCAACAAACUUUGUGUACCUGAUGAUGGAAGAAGUCUUAUAGACAUUCUGGUCGAGGAAACAAAUCGCUAUGCAGGACAGGUUAUUUCUUCGCAGCGUGAUCCCAAACCUUAUUCAAGGAACCAUAAAUGGUCAGAUACUAAUAAUAGUGAAAUGGCAGCUUAUUUGGGGUUGUACUUGUCGAUGGGGAUACUUAAAAAACCCAGCAUUGAGUCUUACUGGCAGGAAUCGCCCUGGCUUUUUAGGUCACCAUUGUAUCCAGAGGGUCGCAAUGACAUAGUGCAGUAUGUGCCUGCAAAAAAGUCACACCAGUGGGGAGCGAAACUGUUUGUAUUAGCGGAGUCGGACACCGGAUACAACGCGGCUGUUCAAUUAUAUGCACGCAGACAACAGGAUAACCCCCGCAGUGUUCAUGGUGUAGGGUAUGAUGUCAUCAUGCAAUUAAUUCAACCGUAUUUGUAUCGACAUCAUCAGGUUGUGUGCGACAACUAUUUUUCAAGCCCGGCCCUUUGUGAUGCACUCUUUGCAUCCGAUACCUACAUGACUGGCACUGUUAGAGUAUGCAGAAAGGGGAUGCCGCGUUCACUGCGAGGACUAAAAUUACAAAGAGGGGAGUCGGUGGUUAAACAGAGUGGCCCCAUAAUGACACUGUGUUAUGGAGAUCGGAAAACAGUGACAUUUAUGUCUACGCUUGCAAACCCCAACAUUAUUUCCACACAAAAUGCGAGGGGGGUAGAAGUUGAUGUUCCUGAGGUCAAUCUUGUUUACAACAAGAAGAUGGGCGGUGUCGACUUGUCGGACAAAGCACUUGAAUUAUACGACCCUGACGUCAGAUCCAACAAAAUGUGGAAGAAAAUCCUCAUUAAUUUUCUCCUGAGAAUUUUAUGUAUGUCAAUAAUUGACUCCGUUGAAUAA